AUGUCAGCAAAACACAGUCGUCGUACUUUUACCGCAUGCUGGACCUGCCGGCAGCGUAGGAUCCGGUGCGAUGGCAACUUGCCCCAGUGUUCUCGUUGUUCAAAGCAAGGCAUCAAUUGCAAGGGCUAUCAAAUUAAACUGGCGUGGGUAAACGCAGAUACCGGUGCAUAUGAUCACUCACAACGACGCGCCCUCCAGUGUGGGCUGACCUGGAGUGGCAGGCCAAUUUUUGAAUCUAAUGAGGUGGAUCAACUGAUCGCGGAAUGCGACAUUCAAGACAGGGACCUUUCCCAGUCUGUGGAUAGCCCCUUCGCUGUAUUCUCGCUUCAUGGAAAGGUAAAGGACAAGCGAGCCAAGGCGUCCAUUUCAACUUUAGAAGACUUCAGAUCUAUUGACUCCUUCAUACUGGAUGCAGCCCAGCGACCAAGGCCAUCAUAUCAGACUUCACCUUCGUUUCUCUCUCCCAUAUACAAAGAAACAGGCGGACCACAGGAGAAGCUGCUCUUCAAACAUUAUGUGACACACGUUUCGCGUCUAAUGAUCACCGUUGAGGACCUUCGCAACCCAUGGAAGUCCACUUAUCCCGCUCUCGCUCUCCAAGGAAGAACACUAAGCACAUCUGCACUCUACAACGCGCAGCUGGCGAAAGCGGCUUUGAAUCUGAGCAACCUCACCAACGAUGCGAACAAUAUGCAAGCCCAGGGGUUACGAUACUAUGGAAGGGCUUUGCGGGACUUACGAAAAAGCUUCGUGUCUUCCGAGUGUGACUACGAAAGCCGUGUUGCCUCAUUGAUGACCUUAGUCAUGUCGGAAGCUGUAUAUGCGGGCAAAAGCAGUUCCUGGCGAGUUCACUUUCAAGCACUAUCCGAUUUCUGUCGACAACAUAUAGAUGAGCAGCCGUGGCACCAAUCACAUGACGCCUGGGUGAUCACGCAGAGCUUCAUACAUACAAGCAUAAUUGGAAGAACAGCUACUGUUCCGGGCACGUCGAAGCUCGGUGGUUUUGAUCACCGGGAAAUUUUCGAGUCAGUUGCAGGACAUGGUAUGUUUGGAUUUACUGCUGGCAACACGCGGUCUAUCAUCAAUAACAUCCUCGAGAUCCAGCUUCUUGGGGAAAGGCUGGCUGAAGGCAUUGGGGAUGAUUUCAACAAUCAAGUUAUCUCCUUGAUCCAAGCAGUACAAGACCCACUGAACAAAGAGGAUACAGUAUGCAGGGAUUAUCUCCCUGCCGAGGACUCAGUCAGCGAACAGUCCUUUCGCAAGAUCAAGCACCUGUCUUGGUUGCAUUUGCGAAUGUUCAAGACUGCAAGUUUUAUAUACUUCCACCGAACGGUUUUCAAUACACGGCCAGCGGCGUUGGCUCAAUAUGUGUCAACAGUGCUGGAGGCAGCAAUGGAGUAUAUUAAGAUAGAUGGAGGCACAGUCUCAGUGUGGCCGGUAUUCAUAGCAGCUGUGGAGGCCUACACGGUGAUGGAUCGAGAAAUGGCCGCAGAAUGGCUGGGCGUUGUUAUGAAACAAGGAAUAGGCAAUCGGUUCAAGAUAAAAACAUUGGUGGAGACGGUAUGGCGACAGCGGGAGAGGUAUGCACAUGAGAACGAUUUGUGUCCCAGUGUGGUAACUGUGGACUGGAGAGAAGAGAUGCGUCGUUUGGACUUAGAUGUACUCUUGAUAUAA